AUGUCCGGAAAACCACCAGUAUAUAGGUUACCUCCCUUACCCAGACUAAAAGUGAAGAAACCCAUCAUCAGACAAGAAGCAAACAAAUGUUUGGUUUUAAUGUCAAAUUUAUUGCAAUGCUGGUCUUCAUAUGGCCACAUGAACCCUAAGUGUGCCGCUUUGGUGACAGAACUGAAAAGUUGCACCAGUGAAAAUGCCCUCGGGAAAAGAAAUAACGUACAGAAGAGUAAUAUAAAUUACCAUGCUGCUAGAUUAUACGAUAAGAUUAACGGUAAACCUCAUGAUUAA